CUGGCGGUAGUGUACAGGGACAGUUCUCAAACUUUUUUCUGUUUUGAAGCGUGUUGAUCCGCGUUACGUUUACGUGAUUCUGACAAUUAAUCUCGAUUCAGUUUUGUUUUUCUCUUUCAUUUUUAUUACUUGUCAAGAUGUUUCCAUGUAGCUCGCAAAAGAAAUACUGGAUAUUUAGUGAUGAAAGCGAUUUGACUGCAUUGAGGGAGAAAACCAACGCUGAUUUUAUCGUAAGACAUGGUGCUAAUAUGACGUCAGAAGAAAGCGAGAAACAUUUUCUCUCGCAUUUGGAGGAGCGUACAUUGCUCCGUUUCUAUGAAUUGCAAUUGAGAGAUUUUUGUCGUCGAUUUAAUCCACCAAUGCCUCGUGCUACCGUAGCCACUGCCUUGCAUUAUUUCAAAAGGUUUUACCUUAGGAACAGUGUAAUGGAUUAUCAUCCAAAGGAGAUUUUGGUCACUUGCGUUUACCUAGCGUGUAAGGUUGAAGAAUUCAAUGUUUCCAUAUCUCAGUUUGUAGCAAAUAUCAAGGGAGAUAGGGAAAAGGCAUCUGAUAUAAUUCUUAAUAAUGAAUUACUUCUAAUGCAACAGUUGAAUUACAAUCUUACUGUUCAUAAUCCAUUUAGACCUGUGGAAGGAUUGAUGAUUGAUAUAAAGACAAGGUACACAUCUUUAGAAAAUCCUGAAAAAUUACGGCAACACAUAGAUGAGUUUUUAGAAAGGGUUUUUCUGACAGACAGCGUUCUUCUUUACGCUCCAAGCCAAAUUGCAUUGGCUGCAACCUUGCAUGCAGCAUCUAGAGCCUCUGCAAACCUAGACAAUUAUGUUACUGAUAUACUCUUCUCGAGAGAACAAUUGGGUGGGAUUAUAGAAGCUGUACGAAAAAUACGUUCAAUGGCUAAAUGUGUGGAACCACCAUCUCGAGAAACGGUAAAAGCUUUAGAAAAGAAACUAGACAAAUGCAGAAAUCAAGAAAAUAAUCCUGACAGUGAAAUUUUGAAAAAUUGUAGAUAUAAACAGAGAAUGCAGGAAAUGCUGGAUGAAGAGGAUUUACAAGAUAAUGAAAAAUAUGCAAAAAUUAUUCAGGAUCAGGCGGCUCACGAUGACAAAGUUUUGGGUGUUAGUAAAAUUUUGUCUCCCUCUGCUCUGUGAUAAUAAAUAUUAACAUUUGUAUGAUAUAAUUUUUAUGAUACAACUUCUAAUAUAAUAACAUACAGAAACCUUAUACAUAUUCCUAAAAAAUGUUCCAAUUUCAUUUUCUUCAGUUUUAUGAUUUACAUCUGAUUUUACAGCGACAUUUCUUUUGCAUCUGUCACUGAUUUAACUAUGUAAAUAUUUUUAUUUUCUUUAAAAAAAUUAAUGUGUUAAAUUUACAAUUUGUGUAUUUAUAUAUAAUAUAAAAUUAUUUACUUUGUAUAUUAUAUAUUCUUGUUACAAAUACAUAUGCAGAUGUCAUACAUCAAUAA